AUGUCCUCAUGGUCAUUAUUUCGUAUAGUUUGUUUAUUUCAUGCUUUUAUUGAUGUUUUCAUGGGUUCAUUUAUGGUGCUCAGUGUAAACACUCUUGCUCGUUUGACACAUGGUGAAGAGGUAACAGAAAAAUUGCAUUUAACCGAUGAAGAUGAAAAAUCUCAACUUAUACACACAUCUGAAUCGCUUGUUGGUAUGAUGCUUAUCUUCAUUGCUAUUCUUCUUUAUAUGAUAUCUCACCUUGAACAAAUAGAAUUUCAAAGAUAUUUUUCCAAAGGUUGUAUUUUAAUACAUUUAUUAUUAGCUACAUGGAGAAUAUUUGUCGAAUCUCGAGUUCAAGCGCUACAAAAGGAUUUGAAAGGACAAAUUUUUACUGAUUUAAUCUUUGCUGCUAUCUGGAUGACAGUUCUUAUUUUCAAUCGGCAUCAAUUGAAUACAAUGAAAGAUAAAUAG